AUGGUUAGUCUGGUUUAUGCUGUGAUUUUUGGCUGCAUUCUGGCACUCGGUCUACCUCUUAACGCCACGGCGCUCUGGAUGCUGCUUCGCCACCACGGCUUCAGAUCACCCAACGCUGUCCUCAUGGUCAACCUGGCGGUCUCCGACCUGCUGCUCGUCAUCUUCCUGCCUAUGCGAGUCUACUUUUAUGCUACUGGCACCUGGCCGCUGGGAAAAAUGGCCUGCGUCCUGGUUACUCUUCUCUUUCGAGACAACAUCCGCUCGAGUUCCAUCUUCGUCACGUGCAUCAGCGUGGACCGGCUCCUGGCUGUGGUUUACCCUCUGAGGUCACGCCAUCUUCGAACCCCAUCCAUCGCUGUGAAAGGCGCUGCCCUCGUUUGGCUUUAUGUGCUGAUGCUGAAUAUCCCGGAGGGUCUGAAUAUGUCCAAACACUUAUACAGUCAAAAUGAGACGACUUGUUUUGAAUCUGCAUACGCCAAAAACCCAAGUAAACCAAUUAUUGUCUACUUUCACACUGUGGUAACGUUCAUCAUGCUGGCAGUCAACAUCGGGUGCACUGCCAUGGUACUACGGACUCUGCAUCGUCAUGUCAGUAAAUCUGCAAUGGUCGACAACAAGGUGAACGUCAUGGUGAUUUUUGCCAUGAACUUAGUGAUUUUCAUCAUAUGUUUCCUGCCUGUAACUCUCAAUUCAGUGAUGGUUAUUUCUGGUUCUGAUCUCACUUUCUUGAUCUGCCUGGCUACUGUAAACUGCUGCCUGGAUCCACUCUUGUACUACUUUUCCCUCGAUGCUUUCUGGAGGAAAAAAGAGGACGCCAACGUGAGACGAGAAACAAGGACAAAUGACACUGAAUUUUUAUGA